AUGGACAUCGCUCUGAAUGCCCUGAAUCCGAUGCGAAGGACACCCUUCACAAGACUACCGAGCACAGGUCCUCCGCACGAUGGCCACCAUGUCGAAGCAGAUUCGGUGCCCAUCCAAAGAGAGCACGUCAUAGGACAGAAUGACGAUCUGGAGCCAAAAGGUCUGGGCAUGGAGGAUUCGAAAGCUGUAUGGCAUCCAUUAGAUAUGAUGGCCCUAUUGCUCUCUCUGCUAUGUUGCGCCGCUGCUGUGCUAGUCAUUCAAAGCGACGCUAUCGCCUGGAGGCUGGGGACUAAGCAACAAUUGACAGCAGUCGGAUUGAUGAUCUCGAUCAUGAAUCUGUGUCUCGGUUAUGUCGCACCUCUGGUAUGGGUACAGUGGGAGAUCCGACACGGCCAGUCUACAUUGCAGAAUCUGGAUGGUCUGCUAAGAAAGACUGGCUUUGGACCACAGAUGGAACUCGGCUGGAUGACGGUACUCUUCGCUUUCACAUUUCUACCUCUUGGCCUCUCCUUGGCCUACAAGCAGUUCUUCAAUGGUGGCGCUAGUACAGUUCUCAUCGGGGAGAAGUCAACGACAUGGGGCAUGUAUCCGCCUCCGGGGCUGACAGCAUCAUCGGGCCUGGUGGGCACAACGCUGAUGUAUAACGCUACAUUACCGUUUCUCCAAACAACAUGGAAUUGGCACGUCGAUCAGACUCCAAGCUUCCCGGCAGCUUUCGGGUACAAUGCUUUAGUCUUGGGUCAGACCGCCACUGCCAUGCUGGACACGCCCAAAUCCAGCACAAUCAAAUCAUGGCAGAAAGACCUCGACCUGGGCGAGACAAGGAAUGUGACUGCGAACGUCUAUGGUUUAUUGGCCCAGUACAACGACACCGUUGACACACAUCGAGACGAAACCUUCUACAGGACCUCAACCAAUGCGCAGGUUGGUUCCCAAUUCUGGAAGACCUACGCGAACACCUCGAGACUGGUGACAGUGGAUACUUUUGCUGGCUGGGUGGUGGGGAUGCUGGGCAACUGGGACGUACUCUCCAACAAAGACCAAUCCUGGCUCUUCCUAGGCGUCUGUCCAACACCUAAAGGCGGCACUCCAGACAACCUGACCACCUUCAUCCCCUACGCCAACAUGUACUCACUCAGUCGGGUGCCUUGUCAAGGGACAUGGAGUAUCAGCAGCGGAUCCUUCGAGCUAGUAGACGGGACAUGCUACUCCGACCAGCACCCAGCACCCCACGAUCCGGUCUACACCGCCGCCUAUCAAUACGUCCUCACCAAUAAUCAACUAGACAUUGGACAGUGGUACGUCGGCAUGACCUAUGAACCCCUAGCCCGCUUCGCCAACGGCCACAACGCCACGGACCAAACACGUUGGGCUGGAGCGACUUUUUCAACUGUGGCGGCGAGUAUGCUGUGGAGUCGUAUAGUCACGAAUAAUGGUCCGGGAUACGGGACUAAUAGGACGUACAAGUAUCAUGUCGAGGACUCUGAUCCGAGUAGAGAUACUACGAUCACGCUUGAGCAGGCUGGGAUGCGGUACAAACGGCCCACGGUCAUGACUUCGCAGCGUUUGACGUUGCACAAAGGGUGGGCGUUGUUCUUUAUUUGUGCGAUCCAGCCGGCUAUUAUCAUGGUCCUGAUUGUUGUCAGUCGAGUCAUGUAUAGUACUCCCGUUGACAGGCGCUUCGGAUUAGUUGCUUUACUGGCCGGCAGUGAUGUGGGGGAGAGUAAUGUGCUGAGGGGAGCUGCUUUCUCUGGUACGUUGAGGGAGAGAGUCAGGAUAGGUGUACAGGUCGAGGAGAUCGGGGUGCAGAGGGCGAGGGUAAGAUAUGUGCUUGGUGAUGGAACGGUAUCGAAUCGUGCUGGUAUCCGGCCGAAGUGGCUGUAUGAGUGA